AUGGUCUACUUGGAUGACAUCAUCAUCGUGGGCCGUACGUUUGAGGACCACCUUCAAAUCCUGGAACGCGUGCUCAUGAAGUUUCAGAGUGCCAACAUCAAUUUGAGUCCGAAGAAAUGUUCACUAUUCAAACGGCAAGUCAACUUUUUGGGGUAUGUAGUGUCGGUAGAAGGUAUCCGCACAGAUCCGGAGAAAAUCGCCACUGUCAAGGAUUGGCCGGUUCCAAAAGACAAGACGCAGGAUCUCAAGAACCGUCUGUGCAAAACAUCUAUUUUGGGAUACCCUGAGGCAAGCAAAGAAUUUAUAGUUGACACGGACGCAAGUGAUAUAGGACUUGGCGGUGUGUUGUCUCAACUGAAUGGUGACCAAGAGGUCGUGAUAGCGUACUUCAGCAAGUCAUUGUCAAAACCGGAAAGGAACUAUUGUGUCACAAGACGCGAAUUGCUAGCCAUGGUAAAGUCGUUGCAGCAUUUUAGCAAAUAUCUUCUGGGGCGGAAAUUUCACUUACGAACUGACCGUGCUGCACUAAAAUGGCUAUUGCAGUUUAAAAAUCCAGAAGGACAAGUUGCAAGGUGGAUUGAACUACUGCAGCAAUACGACUUUGAGAUCGAACAUCGCAGCGGGAGAUCUCAUGGCAACGCAGAUGCAAUGUCAAGAAGACCUUGUCCUGAAGAUUGCAAACAUUGUACUAGGCAAGAGAGUAAGGAAGUGGUAUCCGUGAGGAUGCUCAGGACAGACCACCUCAGCAACAAGUUGAAGGCCAGCUUACAACAUGCACAGCAGGAAGAUCCGGACAUAAAGCCGAUUCUGAAAUGGAUGAAGGCCAGUGCUCCCAAGCUCAAAUGGAGCGACGUCUCAGCGAUGAGUUCGACCACUAAAAGCUAUUGGGCCCAGUGGGAUAGCUUGUUGCUUCAGGAUGGAGUUCUGUGCCGUAAAUGGGAAAAUGUUCGGGAAGACAGCUGUCAUUUGCAAAUCGUUGUCCCUAAAGCUAGAGUACCGGAUGUUCUACAGCUGUACCACAAUGAUUGUUCAGGAGGCCAUCUGGGAGUUAAACGAACUCUACUGAAGAUCCGAGAACGGUUUUACUGGGUCCACUGUCGAAACGAUGUCGAGGACUGGUGUCGCAAAUGCACAAGCUGUGCGGCUAUAAAGGGACCUCAGACUCGUAGUAGAGGUGCAUUGAAGUUGUACAAUGUUGGUGCACCAUGGGAGAGAAUAGCCAUUGACGUGGCGGGGCCGUUUCCGGAGAGUGAAAGCGGUAACAAGUAUUUCAUGGUUGUGAUGGAUUACUUCACUAAGUGGCCAGAAGUCUUCGCCAUUCAAAAGCUUCAAUAG